AUGUCCGACAACCAUGGGAAGAUCCAGCAGGCUGCAUUACCACUCCCGGAUACACAGCUUCUCCAAAGCAAGCAGCUACAACAGGAGCUGCAACCUCAACCAGAACAGCAGCUUACGCACCACCAUCGUCAACAACUGCAGUUUCAGCACCAACAACUGGCUCAAAUGCAGCAGUUUCAACUAUUGCAGCUGCAACAACAGUACCACCAGCAAUGUCACCACAGCCAACAACAGUUGCAUCAGGUUUGUCAGCAAGUUAGCCAUCCCAGCGACCCUUCCAGCUUUGACCUUAACGGCAAUGCAUCCGCAAGUCAGCAGCAGGGAAUUAGUCCCCUUAGUAACCAGCUAUAG